AUGGAGUCCUUCAUGAGCUUCGAGUCAGAUGGGCAUGGUCCGGUCGUGACACCUUUCAAGUAUUGGAACAAGCUGUCUCUUCUACUUGCCUUCGCCUAUCGGUCUGGCAACACACGCGCUCACCAUGCUCUGGACGUUCACCGCUAUCGAGCACGUGAAUGGCCUCUGGAGGAACGCGAUCCGGAUCUGGAGUACAGUACGCUCAUGUCAAUCAUGAUUGGAAGUCUCGCCAGCUCUUCGCACGACGCGCUGCAACUCCUCGCGGGCCCUCAUCACAUCUUUUGGAAUCAACGAGCGGACUGUUGCUACCACCUUCGUCGAAUACCGGCUCGAUGGCGAGAGAUUCAAAAGAGCCCUACGCUAGAAGUCAUGUUCCAACAACAGAUCAUUAGGCUCAAGGAGCCCGGUAGCCUGUGGUCUCGCACUCGUCUAAAAGUUAGGCAUCUCGAUCUUCUGUUGGAGCAAUCGACAGCAGCCGAAGCUCUGGAGCUGGUCAAGAAGUUUGAAAAGACUUAUCCUUUCCUGACUGACAAGGAUGCCCUAUAUCUGGUUGGCUUUUACACCAAGCUUGGCGACGUUCAGAAUGCUUUGCGUUUGCUACGUCGGGUUUCGCCCGAGUUACUCGAAGCGCCCCAUUCGUAUUGCAUUGGCCGAUGUGUGAAUCUGCUCAAACUUGACACAGUCGAAGGAACGCGGUCUUCUCAUGCUUUCCGCAUUCUUCCAGCCAUACUGGAGCUCGGUCUUCCGCCUCUCGAUAUUGUCCAUAAUCUCGUGGUACAGAAUGCCGCAAAGUCGGGACUCAUCGACGUCUCGCUAGAUCUCUACCGCUUUCUCGAGACGGAAAGCAUUCCAAUCGAUCCCCACACCCACACCACUCUGCUUAAACACAGCUUCCUUCACAAAGAUCUGACAGCCAUGAACAAACUCAUGAAUCUGAUUCAAGCACGCGAGGAUCUGAUGCACAAUCCGCAUCUUAUGUCCGUCAUGAUGAAUAUUGUUCGGCAUAUCUGCUUUCACGAGCGGAAAGCGGAGCCCGAGGAGUGUUUGCAGCACCUCCUGGCCAUCUAUGACAGAGCGUAUAAUCGAGGUGCGCUGAUCAGAGUUGGCAUCUUGCAAGCCGACCAAUUGAGUAGCGAAGGGUCUUCCCUUCCCGAUCCGCAUCCGAUGGUGCUUGCAAACUUCAUGUGGGCAUUCAUCCUUACACAGACUCACGAAGCUCGCGUGCGCCAGGUCUGGAGUGCUCUCACACGACUCCUCAGUCGCAAAGAUCCCCAAGUGUCGGAGUCGUUGCAUUACUCCGGUGUAUUCCGCGCUUUCAUGUUUUUUUUUGGCCGUAGUCCCUUCACACUCAAUGGCAUGGUGGAGGUGCUCGAGUAUCUGCUCAAACAUAUGCCCGACCAAGUUGAGCAGCUUGACUGGGCGAUCAUCAUCUCGGGUUUCCUAAAGCACGGAAAAGAGGAUGGCGCUAAUCAGGUGCGCCGGACGAUGGAGACAUUCGAUCAGAAAUUCACGUCAGGAGGCCUGCAAGCAAUCUUAGAUCGUUGGCCACGGCAACGCGAUGUGAGAAAGUUCAUCAAGGACUUGGAGGGGGGGCUCGCUCCAACAGUGGUAGAGUUAGAUGGCCAGGAUGAUCUAGGAAUGGGGAAAGAGCAAUUCUCGCUCUGA